AUGUUGGGAGCUCGUCUGCGGCAGCUGGAAGAGGAAAUCUCAGCCGCCUCUGUCGGGUGCCGCCGCCGCCACCACAGCAGUAGCCCCUACCUUGACCCUCGUUUCUUUUCAGGCAUCAUGCCCGCUGCGCAGGGGCAGCGUGUCAUCUCUGGCUUUCUGCUGGCGCUGCUGGUGGCCAGCUCACGCGGGUGGCACGACCUGGACAACAGCGACUUCGACUGCUGGCCCCUGGACCGGCCGGACGAGGGCAACAUGCUGGACUGCGGAGGUCUAGAGAUGGCAUGGGUACAGAGGCCACCAGAAAAGGCCAUCAGUGGGAAAUUCUUUAACGUAACCUACACCGUCUUUGCUUCGGAUCACUUUUAUGACUAUGCUGUAAGGAGUGGAAUCCUCUCCCACAGUAAUGCUGCUGCAGCAAAGAAAUUCUGUGAAGAAGCUGAGUGCCCUGCCAACUGGAAGGAUGCCAAUGGUGAGAACUGCUGUGUCCAUCAUGCCAACAUUCAUUCCUGCCCCCUGGCCUUCAUGGGGAAAGGAGGAAUCUGUGGCCCAUGGAUCCCAGAUGAUGGACAGAUAUUUACUCAUACCCAAUCUACUGUUGGCAAAAUGAUACAGAGAAACUGGACUUCUAAGGUUGUUUUAGUCCAUGUGGGUGUAACAUCUCUCAUCGCACACAUCAGGGUAGGAAAGAUGCAAGUAGCUCUAGAAGCUAAAACCACUGUGUUACCGGCAGUCGUAUGUGGGGACAAUCUGUGUGAAGAAGAUGAGGGAUGUUCAAAAUGCCCAGCAGACUGUGGGGAAUGCUCCCUUACUAUGGAUACCCGAGCAGCAAUCAUCUUCCCAAUCUGUUUAGUUUGUGCUGCCUUUAUUUUGACAAUCCUGUGGUUUCAAUAUCAGAAGAAAAAGAUGUUUUGGGAUGAAAGUUGGAUUAUAGACUUCACCUGCAUCAAACAAGAUACCACACUGCAGACUGCAAUGGGAAGUGCCAUUAGUGUGCCCAGAGCAGUUACUGACUCCAACGCCAGCUGCAUUUCUGCAAUCAGCUCCUGCACGGCUGCUCUCAACACUUCUAGAAAACAGUACUUCACUCAGACGGGGAUAUAUGAUGGUAGAACUGUGGCCAUUAAGAAAAUAAUGAAGAAGACAUUUGCCCUCUCCAAAGCUAUACGUAACGAAGUAAAACAAGUGAGAGAACUUGAUCAUCCAAACCUCUGCAAAUUCAUUGGAGGGUGUAUUGAAGUGCCAAAUAUUGCCAUUGUGACUGAAUAUUGUCCAAAGGGAAGCCUGAAUGAUGUUUUGCUCAAUGAGGAUAUUCCUCUCAACUGGGGCUUCCGGUUUUCUUUUGCUACAGACAUUGCCCAAGGAAUGGCUUAUCUCCAUCAGCACAAAAUGUACCAUGGACGGCUAAAAUCUAAUAACUGCGUUAUAGAUGAUCGCUGGGUUUGUAAAAUUUCAGAUUUUGGUUUGAAAUCAUAUAGAAAAGAGGAUUCAUAUGAGGAUUUUAGUUCCUAUCAACAACGAUUAAGGCAAAUGUAUUUGGCACCAGAAGCUCACUUGAUAACAAAUUUAGAACCAUCUGCACUGGGGGAUAUAUACAGCUAUGCCAUCAUCCUUUUGGAGAUUGCGACAAGAAAUGACCCUGUGCCGAAAGAAGAGUCUCAUUCAGUAGAGUAUUCUUUAUGUCUCCCUCUGCAAGAAUUAAUUACUGGGAAGUCUGAAAAUUCCUGUCCAUGCCCUUCCGAAUAUGCAGAGUUAAUCAGGAGAUGCAGGAAAAAUAAUCCUUCCCAAAGACCUACAUUUGAGCAAAUCAAGAAGCUGUUAUACAAGAUGAAUCCCAAUAAAGUGAGCCCUGUGGAUAUGAUGAUGACUUUGAUGGAGAAAUACAGCAAACACCUGGAAGUAUUGGUAGCAGAAAGAACCCAGGACCUAAUGCAUGAAAAACAAAAGACAGAUCGCUUGUUGUACAGUAUGUUACCCAAGCAAGUUGCAGAUGAUCUAAAGCAAGGUAAACCUGCCCAAGCCCAAAGUUACAUUAGCGCAACGAUCUUUUUCAGUGACAUUGUUGGCUUCACCCAGCUGUCUAGUACUAGCACACCAUACCAAGUUGUGGACUUCCUAAACAAGCUGUACACUACCUUUGAUGAAAUCAUAGAUAACUAUGAUGUCUACAAAGUGGAGACAAUAGGAGAUGCAUAUAUGGUGGUAUCAGGAAUCCCCAAAGAGAAUGGUAUCCUUCAUGCUGGAGAAAUAGCCAGCAUGGCUCUGGACCUGGUUUCUGUGUGCAAGAAUUUUAGGAUACCACACAAGCCAAACACCCAGCUAAGAAUCCGUGGGGGAAUCCACUCAGGGUCGGUAGUAGCUGGAGUUGUUGGAACCAAAAUGCCUCGCUACUGCUUAUUUGGAGAUACUGUGAACACAGCUUCAAGAAUGGAAUCAACAAGUGAAGCUCUUAAAAUCCAGUGCAGUUCCAGUGCAUAUCAACUGCUGGAGCAAAUUGGCAACUACAGACUGGUGUGUCGUGGGAAUUUACAAGUCAAGGGAAAAGGAGAAAUGGUAACGUAUUGGCUAGAAGGAAAGCUGUUUACUGCAAUCCCAAAAGGAACUGAUACCACCUAUGAAAACUUUCAAGACCCAGAAAGAAACUUUUUUCACUUGAUUCCAGGAGUCUUGACCAGUGAACCUCUCUCCAGCACAGCUUAAAUAAUAUUUAUU